AUGUCUUACGAAUCGACUAUCAGUGCUGCGUGGCCCAAUGGAAUUCGUGCUUGCUAUGCACAUAAGACCCACCCUGGUUGUCUGCUACUAGCGAGGAACAAGCAGAGCAAGGUGACGGGGUCGUAUAAGUACACUGACAGGCAACCAAAAAUUUUCGGGCAAGUAGCAGUCUAUCGGAUGGAGUCGCUGCAUUAUCUUGAUCGUCUGGGUCAAUUUAACUCAUCUGACUAUUCUGGUUUAAUGGCCCCUAUUACUCUCUAUGGAGGCAAUGGGGCGGCCUCGUUCAAAGGGAGUCGCUACCGUUCGAGUCAGGCUGCCCAAUUUCUAGCCAUGAUUCCUCCAACGAGUCACCAGUGGCAAGUCAGUCACGGUGUCGAUGAACAGUUUGAGACUCCUGAGAGUACCAACUACGGCGGGUCUCCAGAAAUGACUCUCGGUGACUCGGACUUCGAGGACGAUCACAGUCACGGUAUCAUGGAAAGCGCGUACUUUGACACUUCCACAGCGCAUGCCCUGAACAAUUCGGACUGGCAGCAGUCGUGGUGGUGGACAAGCUUAAUGGAGUCACCACCGCCGCAGGCUGAUCAGGAUGACGACUUCUCGUCCAUGGCACUAGCACCUCCCAACUACGCACAUUUUUACAGAGAAACCAGGCAAUCUCAGCCUACCCCCUACUCUCAGGCUUCUGAGUCAGGUGGAUUUGAUUGGGAUGCUGAAAUAGCAGCAGCAGAGUUGUAUUACAACCAGGCUGGUUUUUUUGAUGCACCUGCCGCAACCAGUGGAGGUCACUUUGCCCACGACCCAGAGAUGCCGCAGGCUUCGGGAAGUUCACAGAGAGCCGGUCGUGAGAUGAACUCCUGUCUAUCUACCACACGCUUCGAUCCUCCACCGCGAUCAAAUCGAUACAUGCCUUAUCCCAUCCCAGCUAGGUUUCUUCGACCUCCUGCUAUCCCUAUUCCCACUGAUCAGGGUGACAUGAGUGAGGGGUCUUCUCACUCUCUGAUGUCCACCGUGCCCUUUUCUACCUCGAUAACACUACCGCAGCUUGUCACGGUGAUACCUCAGGCCAUACCACCACCUGUGGUACCUCAGACCCUACUGCUACCUGUAGUACCUCAGGUCCUACCACCGCCUGUGGCACCUCAGAUCCUACCACCGCCUGCCGUACCUCCUGUGGCACCACCAGCACCCACAGACAUCAUAUUUGGUCCUGAAGCUGUGACACGGGUGCAGUCGCUGGCCCGGGAACAUAUGAAGACCUGGAUAGUCGAAAGUUCCUUCCUAAUGACAUUGAGAGCCAGUGCAACCUUGGCACGACAAAGUCUCAACCAGACUGUGUUGACUUAUAACAAUCCUGACAUCACCGAAUGGAGCAGGGGUAGCAAAGCCCAAGCACAAAUAGCCAUAAUGGCCAACACCGUCAAGAAUCUACGGGACAGUAUCAAGAGCCUCGUACGGAUCCAUGUUGUUUUGGCUUACAAACUACACAAAGUGUUGGCCUUGCAAACGCAAACGGAGAUAGGGAUCAUCAUCCAAAACCUCCUUCAAUAUCACAACUUCCUUUACGGAGAGAUCAAUGUGGCGCAAGAAACGUACGAGCCCUGCUGA